CUGUCUUUGUCUCUCCUAGCUGGCUCUCAGAAGCUGCACCAAACACUGAGCACAAGCUAAAUGGAAGUGGGAUAUUUUCCGAACAGUCAGGAGGAUUUCCACAAUGGUCUCUAUCAAAAUGUCCUAAAGAAACAGUCUGGGGGGAUGGAGUCUCCAGAGUUUUCCCUGCUGUCAUCACUGAGAGGCGACUUUAAUCAAGAGAUUUUUAUCCAGCCUCAUUAUAAGGAGUCGUAUCGCCUGGCGAUCGAUUGCCUCAUUAAAGAUGGAAGAGACCGCUACCAGGAGUUCCUCAAAGAAGAACACAUUGGGAGCUUCCUCUCGGAAGAGGAGAUUCUCUUCAUUACAUCCAAGGCAGAACAGCCGGCAUCCCAAAACCUGACAGAAGAAGUCAUUGGUCCACCAGAUAACUCAACAGACAACCAGUCAUCCUCUGGGACAUACUGGCCCACUCACUCAGAUGUGGAAACACCAAAUUUGGAUUUGGGUUGGCCAGAGCUAUUGUAUGAUAACCACCCGACUAAUAUCAAUCUGCUCUACCAUCCACCUAGACAUAACAGCCCGACCAUAAAGGAGGUGAUCCUGAAGAAUAUUCAGGAAGCAAUACAGGUCAUUGCUAUUGUGAUGGACAAGUUCACCGAUGUCGACAUAUUCAAGGAAAUCGUGGAUGCUUCUAUACGGGGUGUACCAGUCUACGUGCUAUUGGAUGAUAACGAUUUGAAAAGUUUCCUCAAGAUGGCUGAUAAUCAAGAUAUCAAAAUACAGCAGCUCAGAAACAUGAGGGUGCGCACCGUGAAAGGUCGGGAUUACCUCUGUCGAUCAGGAGCCAAAUUUCAUGGAGCAAUGGAGCAGAAGUUUCUCUUAUUCGAUUGCUACACAGCAAUUUAUGGCUCAUACAGUUUCACUUGGUCAUCUGAGAAGAUCCAUCUGAGCAUGGUACAGGUCAUCACCGGCCACCUUGUAAGGUCCUAUGAUGAAGAGUUUCGGACACUCUAUGCCCAGUCAACUGUACCGGCUGAACUAGAUACCCCGGUGGAAGGGUUGCACAGCAGCGGUCUUCAUGGGCAACACAUGUUGCCAAGAUAUUCUGCUCCAAAAACUGGAUGGAGGGACCAGGUGCGGCAUUCUUUGGAUAGAGUCAAUCGGAAAACCUGUGAACUAAAAUCUAGCAUGACAGGCUUUGAAGAGAGGCUCAUUAAAGAGGAUGGUAAAAUAUUCAUGCCCUUGAUCAAGGAACCACAAUAUGACCUCAAUUUCUUAGAUGACACAAAUUUGUUGAAACGACACAGCUAUGCUGGGGAAAGACAAGAUGAAUGCAUCCCACAGAACACGAGGGCCAGAGGAAGCAAUUGGAAUAUCCCUAAAGACGCUGGAGUUUUUCCAAACAACUACUCGAUGGAUAAUUAUUUGCAAGUGUCACAGCUACACAGAGGUCAAAAUAUGCGUCAGUCUUACAAUGGCAUUGACAAACAAGUCCUCUCCGUGCAGCAGAACAUGCCAACAUUGAAGAACACUUCAAAGGCGUUCAUGCGCACAUGGAGGAUAGACUCAUACCUUAAUAACCCUGACACUCAAUAUCCGGAAACCUGUGACUAUUUAGACCCGUUUGAAAACCAGGAUAACACCAGCUCCUUCCUUCAGGGACAAAUGCGAAACUCUAUUGCUCUCAAGUACUCCGUACCAGGACAAACAGAGCCAAGCGGACUCAGAAACCCCUCUUCGCGCCUUGCUGGUUCCUCAGCAGCACCCAACAAUUCUUUUCACUCAAAUUCAAUGCAGUGGCAUUCUGCUGCAGCAUCUGAGAAAAAAAUCUACUCCAAAAUGUUUACGUCAAUGUUGGACAACAGUGAUAAUGCAGCAGGCCAUGGCCCAGGUAGAAAAUCUUACCACUCCACGUACUCCAGUUUAAGCAGACAUAAACAGGAAAAUAUAAUUGCACGCCCAGACAUGCUGGCAGACAAUUGGCAAAAGAGGCACAGCGUAGCUGAUCCACGGUCAAGAACGGAGCACACAUAUGAACCCUCAGGUCACAUGUAUGGGCAUCUUGUAAGGCCAGAAGUAAACAGGAGCACUGUGGAAGUCCAUGCUCACAAUGGAGGAUAUAGAGCAAACAUUAAUGAAGAUCAGAGAUCUGUCUCCCACCAUGAUGUUAAGAAUGUCACACAUAAAAUAGUGUCAAGUACUCGUAUCUGGCAGGAACCCCCAUCCAGGACUGUCUCUGCAGCAGCCUUGCACCACAAUAGCAAAGAUUUGCCAAAUAAAUCCAGGAAUGGGCAAUCUUUGACGCACAUAUCAGAAAAAAAAGAGAAUUACCCGAGGACCAUGGAUACACCAAGUCUAAAUUCAGGUGACAGUAGUGACACCAUUACAGCUGAGGAUGACACUUCAACAACUGUAGGGGGAGAAAAGCAUCACCAAAGUGCAACCAGUUCUGACAGGUCAUCAUCAGAAAGCCAUCUAAAGUCCUCAAAGCCGCGAUCCGAAACAGAGGAACAUAAGCGCCAACCAUCGAACUCUCCCUCCAAAACCACCACACAGAAGAAACCCUCGAUUUUUACAAAAAACACUAAGCCUGCUGCUGAAAGUCGCGUAUACAGCAGAUUUGAACCUUUCUCCUCCUUUGAAAAGAAAAGCUCUCUGCUGACUGGCUCCAGGCGCACACAGUCUCAGGAGAGAACGAAAAGCCUUUCCAAAGGCGAGGCAGCUGCUGAAACCAGCCACACUCAGGCAACACGAGGACACCAGGAAAACAAGCUGGGAAAAUUCUUCAACAGAGUAGGAAAUCUGUUAAAUAAGAACAAGUAGGGUCGGCUGCUUCAGUGGCACAUUCAAACUACGUGGGUUGCCUAUUAGAGAUGUUCAUUAGAUUGGCAAUGGUUCUGAGCGUGGCAGAGCAGCUACGUGCAUAUGCUUCGCAGUUUGAAUUUUGAUUUUCUACCUUUUGUUUUGCACUGAAAUAUCACCCUGAUAUGGCGAUUACAGAUGGGUUUUACUUGAUGUAGAAAUACUGCUUCUACGUUCUGCUGUUGUUCGUUUGUUUGUUCUUUACUGGGGUUAGCCUCUGCUAUAAAUUGAAAUGCUGUCAAAAUGUUUACAUUGGCAAAUGGUGGUGUAACAAGGUCACAUGUGUAUCCUUUAUUAUCCUGGACCUGCAAGUGUGUGGGCUGAUCAUACCUCGCUAAUCCCCGCACAACAUUGGUCCGCUUGAGUGUCGACAGCUGCUGCAGAAACACACAGAACAAAUACAUUAGGCAUUCAAAGUGUUCAUCGGACAUCUGAAAAUGCAUUUCUUACUUGUUUAUGUUUCACAAAGGUUUCACAAAGGCUGUGCAGAGUGUAUUGACAUUAGAAAGUGUUCACAUUGUGUAUUAUGCUCAGCAAAUUCGGAUCAGGUCAAUGUUCCAUUAAUUUUAGGAAAGAUCAAGGAGCUUGUUAAAAUUACCUUUUCUCCAAAGACUUCAGUAAUGGGAUUGUUUUUUACACAGAGUGCUGCACCUUGAUAUCAAAUUAAAUGACUGUGCAAGCAGAAUAGAAAACACAACAGAUCGACACAUUGAAGCGUCUGUGAGAUGACUUAACAAUUUUAGAGGAAUUCCAUGCCUCUCUUAUGAGGUUUCACUGGAUUAACAAAAAGUAAUAUAAUUGACCACUGAUUGUGUUUAGAGGUAAGGCUCUUUUGAAUGAAAGUACUGUAAAGGGGUGCAGGUGUUUGUGAGGGAUUGUGUAAAAAUGUUGCUGUAUAUUAAAGAGACUUAUGUUGA